GUUGGUGGCAAGUCACGUGAUCGAUUGUGAGAUUUUUCCGAGAAGCACCAGCUGGGCUACGCCCAUUACUUUGUAUCCUUGUCGACCUUGCACAUUUGCUCACAGGCAUUCAUUGUAGGCCCAAAGCAUUGACCUGUGACUCUCUGCCUGGAUCUUUGAAGAAUCUUCGUCAGGAGUAAAGCCUCUUUCGAGCAGCAUGUCGGACGACGAACGGAUGGAUAUGGGCGGAGACGACUAUCAGCAGGACUUUGACCCAGAUGAGAUGAACUACGAGGAGCUGGAGAUGGAGCAAGAGAACAAUGGUGAAGGAGGGGAUGGAGAGCAAGUGGAUGGUGAGGAAGUAGACGAGAAGAUGAUCAUUGAAUCCAAUGCUCCUGGUGAUGACGAGCGACAACGGAUAGGCAAAUCUGCCAAACCGAACGAGAUCCGAGUGACGACUCCAUACAUGACAAAGUACGAGAGGGCGAGAGUGCUGGGGACCAGAGCUCUGCAGAUCAGUAUGAACGCGCCGGUGUUGGUGCCUGUUGAGAACGAGACCGACCCGUUAGAGAUUGCAUUAAAAGAGCUCAAAGCUCAGAAAAUUCCUCUGGUGAUCAGGCGAUAUUUACCGGACAACUCUUUUGAGGACUGGAAGGUCGAAGAGCUCAUUCAACAGGAGUAGGUCUCGUUAUUUUGAGCCUCCUUUUUCGUCUUGGGCAUCGUAGAUAAUGCAGCUUGUAAAUUGCAUAAUGUAUCUGGUAU